AUGGACCAAAAUAAAAUCGAUGGAUCAACACAUGAUGAUGAUAAUGAUAGAUCUCUGUCAAUAGAGCAUGUUCCCCUCGACCUAAUGGGCGAGAUUCUCUCAAGACAGCCAGCUAAAUCGAUUGGGAGUUCUCGCUCUGUCUCUAAGUUAUGGUCUUCCAUCACCACAACUCAAGGUUUCAUCAAGUCAUUCGCUGCUAGGUCAUCGGAAUCAUCACAGCCUUGUGAUCUGCUAAUCUUCAGCAAACGCGACAAGCUGUUUGUUUUCUCCUUUCCUCAAACAGAGAGUUAUCAAUUUAAAAUCCCCCGUGAUGGUUUCCUUCAGCGCUACGAUUCCGUCCACGGCUUGGUUUACUUGGAAACUUCUACGCAGCUCAUGAUUUGGAAUCCAACCAUGAAACGGUUCUUCACUUUACCUGAACCUGAAGGCAGCGAGGGCAAAUACAUCACAGGAUCUUUGGGAUAUGAUCCUAUUGACUGUAAAUACAAAGCAUUGUGCCAUCUUACAGGAGACAAGAUUGGGAUUCUUACAUUGGGAUCGCAGGAGUCAUGGAGAAUACUAUCCCAAGGCUUCCCAAGUCAUUCUCGACGCAUGUCAGAUUGUGUGAUAUGCAUUAAUGGAGUCAUAUACUAUCAAUGUUUUUCUGGUCUUUCUCUGGCUCAUGCCAUUAUGAGCUUUCAUGUCAGGUCUGAAAAGUUCCAUUUGAUAAAUUAUCCGUCCAGGGAUGGUUGCUUUUUCGUAUCUUAUGAGGGAAGACUAGCUUUGAUGGUAAGCUCCAAUGGCCACUCUGGUAUUGAAUUGUGGAUCUUGGUGAACGCAGAGAAUCACGAAUGGGUAUACAAACACUUUCCUACACCUUAUCUUCGUCAGACAUUUUGGGUUUUGAGGGAUAUGAAGUUGAAAGGUGUUACUGACGCAGACUGA